CUCUGCUCACGCUUUCCCGCCUGAAGCCCUUCCCUCCCUUCCGAAGCCCUCGCCGUCCCGUGCCACUUCUCCCCUGCGGUUCUUCUCCCUCUCCCCUUUCCAGUUCUUUGCUUCCAAAUCUUUUCCGUUCCCCGAUCCAUUUACCUGCCUGCCUGUUCCUUCGAAGAGUGUACGAAUCUUGGAAGCCAAGAAUGGGGAUGCUUCCCUCACCACCAAGGCAGCUAAGCAUCGUCAAGGCGGUGAAGGAGGAGGAUCAGUUGUUGCACUCUGUCAAGGAGGAGAAUGUUGAUGAUCAUCCAGAUGCAAGUUCUUAUCCAUCUGUUGACCUUGAGGCUGAGGAUAGCGAUGCAUCGAUGGAAGUGGAGGAAGAGCAGCCAUAUGAGGCCCGCCUCAAUGUAGAGGAGGAGGAGGCCAAGGGGAGAGAAGCUGUGAGACUUGUUUCUGAUCCAGUGACAAAGUUUAACAAGUUUGAUGAGCUGCUGACCCAGGUCCAGCUCUAUUCGGAAUUUAUACUUGAGAAGGUGCUUGAAGGAUAUAGCAAUUAUAGCUCUGCUUAUAAUGCUACUCUCACAGAAGAAGAAAUGUGGGCAAAAGAGCAGGCCGAGCUUGUUCCAUUGGUGUCUGGUGGGAUGUUAAGGCCUUACCAGAUUGAGGGUGUGAAGUGGCUAAUGUCGCUUUGGUGUAAUGGGCUAAAUGGGAUACUAGCAGAUCAAAUGAGUCUUGGAAACACAAUCCAGACAAUUGGAUUUCUUGCUCAUCUCAAAGGGAAUGGUCUGCAUGGUCCAUACAUGAUCAUUGCCCCUGUUCUCACUCUAUCAAACUGGGUGGAUGAGAUCUCUAGGCUUGUUCCGUCUAUGGCAUGUCUGAUUUACUAUGGAGAUAAAUUGGCUCGGUCAGAGAUUAGGAGAAAGUUGAUGCCCAAAACUGGUGGCCCUGAUUUUCCGAUAAUAGUGACUUCAUAUGAGAUGGCCAUGUCCGAUGCAAAAAUUCUUGCUCAGUACAGGUGGAAAUACAUUGUUUUUGAUGAGGGCCAUCAAUUGAACAACUUGGAAUGUGAAUUAUCGAGGAAGUUAAGGCGGCUACCAAUGGAUAAUGGGCUCCUUUUGACUGGGACACCAUUUCAAAAUAACCUAGCAGAGUUGUGGUCGCUACUGAACUUUGCUAUGCCUGACAUAUUCUCAUCUCAUCAGGAAUUGGAAUCAUGGUUUGAUCUUAUCGAGAAAAGAGGUGAGGGACAAGAACAAACUAUAGUCAACAGAAGGGUCCUUGUUUCAAAGCUUCACACCGCGUUGGAUCCAUUCCUUCUACAAGUGGAAGAUUCUAUGUGCUACAAGGCCAAAGCUGUUAAGAACUGGAAUGCAAUCCACCUCUCGGAAGACCACACGAAAAGAGAUGGUGUGAGGUCUGUUGGCCAGAAUUGUAAAGGGGCAGCAGCAGAGGUUUCUUCUGAAAAUGGCGGUGAAGGCACUCCUAACAUGCCAUCCACUCGACUGGGGCUGGAAGGUAACAAAGCUAAGAGGCCACGAACAGAUGAUGCACUUCUCUCCCUGCUUGGAGAAACCAAUGGCACAGUUCAAGCUUCUUUGAGGCCAGCUGAGCCUGUGCAGGUGCCGAAGGCAACUUCCCCUGCAGAAAUCUUGGAGGCCCUCAGAGAGAUCCCCGACUUGGCCCGUGCUGACCUUCUGAGAGCCUACAGCAGCCUGAUCCGUGAUGAUCGCCAGUUUAGAUCACUUGUUGCGCUCCCAAUGGACAUGAGGAAGGACUGGCUGCUCAUGGAAGUUGGGAACAAGUGAUGCCGGACGUGUUGCUCCAGAAGCAUGCGUUUGGAGAUUGUUCGAUGGAGUUGAACCAUGUAAACAAGUAGUAGUAUGGAUUCUCCUGAACUGUAUUUGUUUACUUGCAAGAGCAUUUGAAAUCACUGGCGGGGAUUGAUGCA